AUGAUCAGGAAGACGAGAGGCUUGCCCGUCAUUGUCCUUGGACUCACGCUCUUCAUCUACGACCUACAGCCCGGCAUACUGACAAUACUCCACGAACGGCCUAACAGAAAGCCAAUGGUCUAUGUACUGGAUGGCAAAGACUUUGAGGACAGUGCAGACGAAGUCUUUGACGACACUACCACAGAAAUGAGAUCCAGCCUUGAGUUAAGCGCUGUAGGACUGGGUCUGCGCCUGAUCAAGAACGAUGGAAUGCUCAAGGUAAAUUAUCAAGGUGAGAAUGGCGGAGUCGUGGACUGGACAUUCCAAGGCUUGCGCUGCUCCAGUGUGGGUAGCAUGACAGCAUGUGCCUUUACGCAGACAAUGCCCGAGGUUGCUGUGCAAUCCGAAUUGUCGAACAGUACUAUCCAGACCGUGAGCACCGAUCCCAUCCUGGAACGCAUCGUUCAGCCUCCAGUGUCUGGUCUUAGCAUUAUAUCGACAACGGAAACCCGCCCCGUCAAGCCUAUAGUCAAGCCUAUGAUCAAGCCUGCGAUCACGACCAAAUUUCCAAAGGAAGAACCCGGCAUCUUUUCAUCAAUGGUCGACAAAGAGAGCGGCCUCAAACGCAAAGCGACAGAAGACGUUGAGCAGCCGAAGCCACACAAACUCGCGAAAACAUCACACGAAUCUCCUCCACCAUGGCCAGCUCAUCUAUACAUGACUUGCUGUCGCAUGCAACCGGUCUCACAGAGCCCCACCGGGAACCUGCAUAUCGAUCUCAGAGAGGGUACAGUGUGGUUCGAGGGCUGGCAUGGAAAAGCAGAGGCACGCAUAUUCGAGAAGAGACAGGUCAAUCUCCGGGAUUCAUCAGAACAACGACCGACAUCUCGCCCACCGUCAUCGUCGAUGCGAUCGUCCACUGCAUUGACCGUGCUUCAGAACGUCCACCCGUACACGACCCGGACACUGAUCAUGAGUUACAGGAAAAUCUAG